AUGGAUGGUGGGGAAGAUUCACAAAGUGAAAGAAGAGCUGCCAGAGUCGUGGCUGAGAACAGUUUGAAGUAUACAACUGAUAACAUCAUCAGGUGCCCCCUUCCUGGCUGUGAUUCUAAAGGUCACAUAACAGGAAAGUAUGACAAACAUAGAACAUUAAGUGCCUGCCCUCUCUAUCAUAAUAUGAGUGUUGAUGAAUGCAAGGCAAGACUACUUGAUAGAGAGAUAGUAUCAGAGAAAAGAAAAACAACAGCACCUGACGAUAGACGGGGCUUAAGAAAUAAGGCUGCAACAUCAGAACAGCAAGAGUAUCAUCGAAAGGUCAUGGAAGAAAGGUCAAAGUUUAAGGUUGAGAUGAGUGAAGAGUUACAAGAGCAGCAUAGCCAGCAUAGAGACCUCUACCAGAUGACCAGGGAACCUCUCUUAACUGGACUGACCACUGAGUUCGAUCUCAAGCUCUUUAGGGAGGCUCAGAUACAGGCCUGCGAGGAGUUGAGCUACGAGAUGACAGCCCACUACCAGCUAAGCGAUAAGCAAGAGUACAGAAUCUGCAAGAUGGAGAUGGGCCGGUACGAGAUGGAGACCUGGUACGCCUCGCCCUACCCCGAGGAAUACUCCAGAUUGCCAAAAAUCUACAUCUGCGAGUACUGCCUGAAGUACAUGAAAACUUCCGUCAUAACCCGAAGGCAUGCGGCCAAAUGCGUGUGGAGGCAUCCGCCUGGUGAUGAAAUCUACAGAAAAGGCAAUCUGUCUGUCUUUGAAGUUGAUGGCAAAAAGAAUAAAAUUUACUGCCAAAAUCUCUGCCUCCUAGCCAAGCUCUUUCUCGACCACAAGACCCUUUACUACGACGUUGAACCGUUCCUCUUCUACAUCAUGACCGAGGCUGACAAUCAGGGCUGCCACAUGGUGGGGUAUUUCUCCAAGGAGAAGCAGUCAUUCUUAAACUAUAACGUUUCAUGUAUCUUGACCAUGCCCGCAUACAUGAGGAAAGGUUAUGGAAAGAUGCUAAUUGAUUUCAGUUACCUCCUGACCCGCAUGGAGAAUAAGGUAGGGUCACCCGAACGACCCCUAAGCGAUCUGGGUCUCAUAAGUUACAGAAGUUACUGGAAGGAUGUGCUACUCAAUUAUUUGAACUGCUGCAAGGAGAGAGAUAUUUCCAUCAAAGAUUUGAGCCAGGAAACAGGCAUAAAUGCCAACGACAUUGUCAGUACAUUGCAGGCUAUGGGAAUGCUGAAGUAUUGGAAAGGGAAACACCUUAUACUAAAGAAACAAGAUCUCAUAGACGAGCAUUUAAAGAGGAAAAGUUUGAAGAAGCUGGAUGAAAAUCAAGUCAUCGAUCCGUCCUGUCUUAAAUGGACUCCACAUGUGUCUGUACAGUGA